AUGUCAUCAUCAUCAUCAUCAUCAUCAUCAUCAUCAUCAUCAUCAUCAUCAUCAUCAUCAUCAUCAUCAUCAUCAUCAUCAUCAUCAUCAUCAUCAUCAUCAUCAUCAUCAUCAUCAUCAUCAUCAUCAUCAUCAUCAUCAUCAUCAUCAUCAUCAUCAUCAUCAUCAUCAUCAUCAUCAUCAUCAUCAUCAUCAUCAUCAUCAUCAUCAUCAUCAUCAUCAUCAUCAUCAUCAUCAUCAUCAAAAUAA